AUGGAUAAUUGGUAUUGGUGGAAUUUUAUUCUGACUUUUAUAGUCGCCGAUUGUUCAGUGGUAUUCGCCCAACAAAACCAGCAGCCGACAAACCCCAGGCCGCUCAAUCUGUUUGUGAUCAACGACGAGGAGAACGACAUCGGAAACAACAGCGUCAAAAACGCUUUGGUGACAAUCAAAGACAAGGACCCAACCGUUCUAGGCAACGUGAUCGUAGUCCAGAUAAAUGGCUCUGACCCAAAAGCAGCUCUAGACAAAAUCUGCGCAGCCUGGGACCCAGCAGUCCGCGAUGGAGGUCCAGGUGUCCCAGACUUGGUCCUGGACGUAACAAGGGGAGGCUAUGGCGCAGAGACAGUUUGUUCCUUCACAGCAGCAGUGGGGGUUCCAACAUUCUCCGCCCAGUUUGGUCAGAAGAACGACCUGCGACCCUGGCUGGACCUGAGCCACGAUCAGCAGAGGUACCUGGUCCAGAUCAUGCCUCCAGCAGAUUUGAUCCCAGAAGCAAUCCGGCAAGUUUGUUCCGACAUGAACAUCACCAACGCUGCAAUAAUCUUCGACAACGGUUUCGUCAUGGACCACAAGUACAAGAGUCUCCUCCUGAAUAUUCCAACCCGGCACUUGAUCGUUCGUUCUAAGACCACCGACAAGGAAGUCAACGAUCAGUUGCAAAGACUCCGGGACCUGGAUAUCGUAAACUUCUUCCUCCUGGGAAACGAAAACACCUUGAUCAAGUACCUGGACAUCGCUGAUAUGAAAAACUUCACUGGUCGGAAAUUCGGCUGGUACGCUCUGACUAUGUCUGAACAGCCACAACUCAAGUGCAACAACAAAAACAUCACUGUGCUGCUCUUCGAACCAAAAUUGACAUCUUCCAAUCAACAACAUCUCAGUUCCCUGACCAACCAAGGAAUCAUCCAGAAACCGUAUCUAGCCUCCGCGUUUUACUACGACUUGGUCCGAGUUGGAGUCAGUGCUAUGAAAUCAGCGAUAAAGAACAAUGCUUGGCCAAAUGCACCUUCUCAUAUUACUUGCGAUCAAUACAACCGGAACAACACGCCAUCGCGAGAUGGAUUCAAUCUACUGAAGUGGUUGAUAGACGCAACCAAAACUGGAUUUGAACCCACUUUUGCAGGAUUUGCUUGGGAUAAACGCAAUGGCGAACAUCAUGCGUCUUUUGAUAUGUACAUCAACAUGAAGGUCAUUGACAACGGGAAUGUUAUUUCUACUACUCCGAUGGGAUCAUGGAGCGCCAACGUCGACUCACCUUUGAAUAUUACAGCCUAUGAGACAGUCAGUAGCCACACAGCGAUAACUAGUUUUCGUAUAGUAACAGUGCAAAUAGCGCCAUUUAUUUACAUAAACGAAACAACCCAUCAAUGGCAAGGCUAUUGCAUCGACUUGUUAACGGAAAUCCAAGGCUUAAUGAAUUUUGAAUACGAAUUGUACGAAUCUCCUGACGGAAACUUUGGAGCAAUGAACGAACAAGGGGAGUGGAACGGCAUGAUAAAGGAGCUGAUUGACAAGCGUGCUGAUAUCGCAUUAGGGACACUUUCUGUAAUGGCGGAGCGUGAAAACGUGGUUGACUUCACAGUACCGUACUACGAUCUCGUUGGAAUAUCGAUCUUGAUCCGUAAGAAGAAGGAAGAGACAUCUUUGUUUAACUUUUUGACGGUACUCAACCGAACAGUGUGGUUAUGUAUUUUGGGCGCCUACUUCUUCACCAGUUUUCUUAUGUGGAUUUUCGAUCGAUGGUCCCCAUACAGUUACCAAAACAAUAAGGAAAAGUACAAGGAUGACGAGGAAAAACGCGUAUUCCAUUUAAAAGAGUGUCUCUGGUUUUGUAUGACGUCACUCACUCCUCAGGGCGGCGGGGAAGCCCCCAAAAAUCUAUCUGGGCGCCUUGUAGCUGCCACCUGGUGGCUCUUUGGGUUCAUUAUUAUUGCAUCCUACACGGCUAAUUUAGCGGCUUAUUUGACUGUGGCACGAUUGGAGCAGCCUAUUGAGUCACUUGAUGACCUCAGCAAACAAUAUAAGGUCCAGUAUAGUCCGAUUAAGCCCUCUGAAGCUUACACCUACUUUGAACGGAUGACUGCUAUUGAGGAUAAAUUCUAUGAAAUAUGGAAAGACAUGAGCUUAAACGACAGCCUAUCAGAAAUCGAACGUGCUAAAUUAGCGGUCUGGGAUUACCCGGUAAGCGACAAGUACACCAAGAUGUUCCAACAAAUGAAAGAAGCCGGGUUUCCUCAAACAAAAGAAGAAGCUAUCAACCGUGUUCGUAAGAAAUUGGAAGCCCACAACAACACUGAAUUCGCUUUUAUUGGGGACGCUACAGAAAUACGGUACUUGGAAAUGACCACCUGUGACUUGAUUUCAAUCGGCGACGAGUUUUCUCGCAAGCCAUACGCUAUUGCCGUUCAACAAGGGUCGCCCCUAAAAGAUCAACUGAACAAUGCGAUAUUAAAACUGUUGAACCAACGUAAACUCGAGUCCUUCAAAAGCAAAUGGUGGAGCAGGAACCCCAACAGGAGAAAUUGUGAGAAGGAAAGCAGCCAGAGUGAUGGUAUAAGUAUUCAGAACAUCGGUGGUGUUUUUAUUGUUAUAUUCGCCGGGAUUUUACUUGCUUGCUGUACUCUAGCCUUUGAGUACUGGUAUUACCGCUACAGGCCACGUGUUAAUGCUAAGAAACAGAGGAAAGCUAACGUUCAAGAAAGAACUAAGAUUUCUUCUCAGCGGGUUAAGCCGACGAGGUUCAAUUUGAAACCAGCGCGGAAAGCUUUCGAAGAUCAUGGCACUGAGUUCCGUGCGAGAUUUUAA